AUGCCCAACGAAUUAAAAAAUUCAAACCCCCAAAAAAACACACCUAUUAACAGAAUCCAACUCAUGUUUGCAUCCCGUCAAUUUGUGAGAAGAUUGGCAUCGGCCGCCCCAAUUAAGCCGCCAGUUCAGCUGUUUGGUCUUGACGGCACCUACGCCACCGCAUUGUUCACCGCAUCUGCCAAAGACUCGUCCAUUGAGAAGACGUUCCAAUCUGUCGAGAAGUUGAACUCCACCAUCUCCAAGGACCCUAAACUUGCUCAGAUUCUGUCCAACCCUGCUCUUUCGCAAGACUCCAGACAGGAGGUUGUUUCCGUUUUGUCCAAGGACCUGAAGUUGGACCCUGUUGUUGGAAACCUGCUUUCUGUGUUGGCCGACAACAACAGACUUUCUCUGUUUGAGGCUAUUGCUAAGCAGUUUGGUGUUUUGAACGACGCCUACAAAGGCGUGGUGGAGGCCACCGUUGUGUCUGCCAAGCCAUUGGACUCCAAGAUCCUCAACAAGCUCAGCAAGUCCAUUUCUGCAUCCAAGUUUGUUGGUCCAGAGAAGACCCUCAAGAUCAAGAACGAGGUCAACCCAGAGAUCUUGGGUGGUUUGAUUGUCGAGGUUGGCGAGAAGUCUGUUGAUCUUUCUCUUGCCACCAAGGUCAACAAGCUCAACAAGGUUUUAUCGGAGACUAUUUAG